ACGAUGAUAUUUGCCAUUGAAGAAGUAAACCAGAAAGUGAACUUCCUCCCGGGGAUUACACUCGGGUACCAGAUCCACGAUGACUGUUCAUCCCCCGCGAUCGCCUCGAAGGCAGCAUUCGCUUUGAUCAAUGGAGAAGAAGAAUCAAUUGAAUACCCUGAAUGCAGAGGUUCCUCUAACGUCGCUGCCAUUGUUGGCUGCGAUAUAUCUACAAGUUCCAUUGUUACAGCAAGGACAAUUGGAUCCUAUGGAAUUCCAUUGGUUAGUUAUUUCUCUACCUGCUCCUGUCUCAGCGAUAAGAGAGAAUAUCCCACGUUUUUAAGAACGAUCCCCAGCGACCAGUACCAGUCGAAAAUACUUGCUGAAUUGGUGAGAACCUUUGGCUGGACUUGGAUUGGAACCAUUAGAAGUAACACUGAUUACGGUAUUUUUGGAAUGAAAGGAUUUGUGGAACAUGUUGAAAAGUUUGGGAUUUGCAUUGCCUACUCCGAGUCAUUUUAUAGGACCGACCCACCAGCUAAAAUCAGGAAAAUUGUCAAUGUGAUUAAACAGGCAUCCACCAAAGUGGUGGUGGCCUUUGUUCACGGUGGUGAUAUGCGAAUUUUAUUGGAGGAGAUUUGGCGCCAAAAUGUAACCGGCGUACAGUGGAUUGGAAGUGAGGGUUGGGUGACAGAGGAUCUUCUCCCGCCUGAACAAAGAUCAAUCUAUCUCGCCGGGACAAUUGGUCCAGCUACCCCCAGGACCGAGAUAGCUGAACUCAGAGAUUAUCUUCAUACAGUCCAGCCUUCCAACUUUCCUGGCAACAAUCUGGUAACGGAGUUUUGGGAAAACCUCUUCACUUGCAGUUUUACCACGGACAAUCGGAAAAAUUUUACAGGUCAAUUUCGACAAUGCACAGGGAAGGAACAGAUGGAAGGGACAAAAAGUGCUUACCUACCGGAGAUAAUGGAUGGAAGUUCAUAUCACGUAUAUAAAGCGGUGUUCUCCAUCGCUCACGCACUCCACAACCUGUUAACGUGUGCAGAAGGCAACGGACCAUUUAUGAAUGGGACUUGCGCACAUAUUGGAAAUUUUGAGCCGUGGCAGUUGCUACACUACCUUCGCACGGUGAAUUUCACAACAAAAACGGGAGAAGCCGUACAGUUUGAUGCAAAUGGUGACCCUGUGCCAAGAUACGAACUCGUGAAUUUACAAAGGAAUUUCAAGGGGAGCGUUGAUAUUGUAAAUAUUGGUUAUUAUGAUGGUUCGGCUCCGACAGGGCGGGAAUUAGCAAUGAAUGUCGAGCAAAUUGCAUGGAACACAGCAGGAAAUACGAUCCCACAGGCAGUUUGCUCAGAACCCUGUCUUCCUGGAACAAGGAAAAUCAGCCGGAAGAGGCAGCCAGUAUGUUGCUUUGACUGUGUUCAGUGCGCCGAUGGUGAGAUUAGCAACGUCACUGAUUCCACGGAUUGCAUCAAAUGUCCCUCAGAAUAUUGGUCCAAUCAGGCAAAAACCCAAUGUGUUCUCAAAACAGUUGAGUUUCUCUCCUUUCAUGAAUUUCUGGGGCUUGUGUUAGUCACACUUACUUCAAUAGGAGUCUGUUUUACAUUGGCUACUGCUGCGAUUUUCUUCCGAUAUCGAGGAACACCUAUGGUCAAAGCGAACAACUCCGAGCUCAGUUUCCUGCUGCUCUUCGCUCUUUUGCUUUGCUUUCUUUGUUCGUUCAGCUUUAUUGGAAAGCCAUCCGGUUGGUCUUGCACAUUGCGCCGCAUGGCUUUCGUUGUUGCGUUCGUUCUUUGCAUUUCCUGCAUCUUAGGCAAAACCAUUCUUGUCGUGGUUGCCUUUAAGGCAACUCUACCCAACAGCAGCGUGAUGAAUUGGUUCGGACCGGCGCAACAACGCCUGGGCAUCUUCGUCCUUACAUUUUUGCAAAGUGCGGUUUGCGUUGUCUGGCUGUGUAUGUCGCCUCCGUACCCUCUGAAAAACAUGAGCCAUUACAGAGACAUCAUUAUUCUGGAAUGUGACGUAGGCUCAUUGACCGCCUUUUAUUUAGUCUCGGCCUAUAUUGCUCUAUUGUCAACUGUGUGUUUAGUGCUUGCAUUCUUUGCCCGGAAACUCCCGGACAGUUUUAACGACGCCAAAUACAUCACAUUCAGCAUGUUGAUCUUUUGCGCUGUUUGGAUAACAUUUAUUCCAGCUUAUAUCAGCUCCCCAGGGAAGUAUACCGCAGCUGUAGAAGUGUUCGCUAUCUGGGCAUCAAGCAUCGGUCUGCUGGUCUGUAUUUUUGCACCUAAAUGUUACAUUAUCUUACUGAAACCGCAGUACAAUACAAAGAAGCAUGUGAUGGCUACAGGAACUUAA